UAUAUAGACUAUUAUAGAUCUAGAUAUAUAGUGUUGUCUAUAUACUAUAUUAUAUACUACUAUAUUACCAUAACAACUAUACUAGAAAUCUGAGUAGAACAUGGAUUUAGCAUUUUCACAGAUGCUCUCUGUUACAUGAACAAAUUGAAUGUCAAGAUUUGAAGAUACAAUAAAAAUCCAUUGACUGAUGAUAUUUAGAGCCACCUUGAAUAUUUCAAACAUCUUCUCUUUGCUAUUUAGGUUAAAAUCAUGAUCUAAUUCAACUUACUUAUCUAUACAGCUAUCUCAACCUUGUACUUAGAAAAUAUCAAGAUGCAUGUAAUUUCUACUAGCAUUCUUUUGUGCUAUUUCAUUGAUAUAACCCUUCAACCACCAGUAGAAGAUGGGCUGGAAACUUACUCUGGAACCAGUGGUUUUGACACUACACUAUCAGCAUAUGAAGAACUAUACAUUACUGAGGUUGAUAGUUUGAAAGACAUAAAUGACUGCAAACCCUGGUCUAAUCUUAUGGAAAACGAUACAUUAUGCUGGAAUGGAACUGUUGAUUUUUCAAAAGCUUUAAAAGAUUAUUCAAAAGCAGUGCAUAUCAAAAUGGUUGAUGGUUGUAACCAAACUACUUUUCAUGCUUCAGUAAUUUUUGGAACAUGUGAAGAGGAAAUUCCAAAUAAUUCUGAAUGCUAUUGCAAAUCAAAAAAGGAUGAUAUCUACAUAUUUAUUUGUCACAAGCAUUUGGGAAAUAAAGACAACAAUGCUGUUAUACAAGCAUAUGUAACAAAUUUACAGGAAGAAACUAAAGUAACCAACAAACUUCAUGUGAAAUUUAAUCAAAAGAACUCAAACACAGAUGUUCAGUCAUGUCCAAAAUUGAAGACUUCUGAAGCUAAUUGGAAGGAACUUGCCAUAGGAUUUAUUAGCAGCACCAUAUUUCUUUUUGUUCUUCUUCUUGGGAUUUUGAUUCUUGUAUGCGUGUGUUUUAUAAGAAAAAGAAGAAAAGGAGCUAUACAUACAACAGAAAAAGGUUUUAAGGAAAAGACUGAAGGAGACUCUUACCGUGUUGAUGAAGAACUUAUACUACUCACUGAUAAACAAGACAUUCAAAAGCCUAGUAAACCAGGCAAAUCUCUACAAUCAAGAAGUUUACCAGUAGAGGAAUUAAGAGAUAUGCCAAAAAGUAAAGGCUACACUGAACCUGCCAAAGAAGUUAGUGCUUGCUAGGAAAGGAAUCAAGAAAAAUGAACCAAAAAAAUGGCUACAAGGAACCUGCCAAAGAAAUUAGUAUUGUUAAUUUACUUUCUGUAAUAUAAGUCAUCACUGAAAUAAUGUCAUGAGAUGAAUUAUGUUUUUUUUUAUUUAUCUCAAAGUGUACUAUAAAUACAAUUUUUUUUUAGAUUGGAGUCAAAAUAAUAAGUGUCAAGGUUACAUUUUGAGAAACAACAUGACAUAAUCCAAUAGCACUAGAAAUAUCCAGGGGGGUUAAAAUAAGUAGAGAUUUUUCCUUUUAUUUGAGAAAGAUAUUACGCAGUGGGUAUAUCCAUCAAAUUGAUUAUGCAUAGCUUGAACAGCUAGAUAAGUUCACAUUUUUAGGUAGCAUCUUAGCAUGCGAUGGUAAUGCCGAAUCAGAAAAGCAGGGGCCAUUUUCCAAAGGUCAUGGCCUAUUAAGACUAGCCAAGCUGUUUGUCUUUAGAAAAAACCUACCUAUAAAACUAUGAUUUUGCCAUUGGCCAUAAUCAUAUGUGAAGCAUGGAAGAUAUUUUUAAAAAAAGAGAGAAGGCUAAGGCGAUUCUUUAUUCGCAAUUUCAACCCAAUAUGUUUUUUAAAAUCUUAACACUUCAAAAAGUACACGGUAUUAUGUGAGCAUUACGAUUUGUAGAAUGUAAAAUGUAAAAAGUUCAAGACAAAAAAAUAUCAAAGAGUGUAAAUAAAACUAUUUGUUAAGGUGGAGAGCUUUGGGGUGUGGAAGGAGAAAAUUAGUGAUACUCGAAUUUAUGGGCCAGUCCUAGUCGUAAGGAAGUACAAAAAAGAUAACAGUCCAUGGUAAAAUAAAAUAUAUAGCCUAGGACAAAAUCAUUGAAUGUAAACCCUAAAUUGUGAUAUUUUAUUACAAGUUUAAUUUGUAUGUGCUAUAUAUACAUUUUUUUUAACACUAAAUUUGACUAAAUGGACAACAAAACAAAGGUUACAAAAAUUUUUUUACAUGUAGCUAUUUUAUUUGAUAUAUGUAAAUUUGUUUUAUUGAUGUCUCACUGCUUUCUCAGAAUCUCUUUUCUCAACUAAAAUUUUAAAAUUCUAAAAUUAAAAAAAAAAGCUCAUUAAUAUAUUAAUUCACAAUUCAAUGUAGAGAUUAUAUUUAACUUUUUUUUUUGUUGUUUAUAGUCAAUAAUAUGUUAUUUAAAAUAUUUCCAUCCUUAAUCAUUUAAAGACAACCUGCACCCAUUAAACCACUAUUACAUAAGAUCUGAACAAAGUGGUCGUCUCCUUUUCAUUAGGACUAAAACAUAAAGAUUUAAAAACUCCUUUAUUCCACUUUCGGUCAGAGUGUUACAAGAUUAGCUGUCGUCAUCGAGAAGUACAUAGAAGUCAAAUGCAUAAAGCUUGUUUGUGAAUGCGUAUGUGUUUUGUGUGUGAAUGUUGUUCGAAUUUUUCAUGUAUAUUGUUUUUGUACAGUGGUUACGCUGAGGUUGUCAAUUGUAGUCAAACUGAAUUUCCAUUUGAUUGGAUCAAUAAAAAUUAUCUUAUCUUUUACUCAAUAGAAGUUCAAAUAUAUCCUUUUUUUACUUUGUACACAUUCUUGCAGGAAUAUUUUAAAUUAUGCCACAUAUUUGUUUGUUCUGAGAAAAUAUACCUUUAGAAUUUUGUUUCUAUAACAUAUUAACAUAUGCUUUUCUUGUGUAAUUAAGAUGGCCACAUUUUUUUUUACAACACCUAGCUUGAACAUGCCCAUUAAAGGUAUGUAAGAAAUUGUAGUCUUAAACUUAAUGAUUUUUUUUUAAAUUAGAAAACUAUUUGCUACUUAAUAUAUUAUGCUGUAAAGCUCCUUCUAUAACCCAACAUUCAUUGUGUAGAGCAGGUCUUUCAACCAAAGAAAUUAUAUAGCAGCUGGUUAUAGCAUAUUGAUGGUAGAUGUUCCUUGUAGAGACAUUUUAUGUGUGUAAAUAUUUUGUAUAUAAUGAAGAUAAUAUUUAUACUUAUUGAUAUUUUUAACUUAUUUUAAUUUCAUUUAUCCUACUUUGUAAUGUAAAAUUAAGUGUGAGCAAGUCUACUAUAACUUGAGAAAUAUAGGAUUCUUUAGUGAAUUUAAAGUAGCACUGUUUAAGAAGUUGAACUUAUGCAUAGCAUCAAGAGUCAAAACAAAAACUAUUGUUCUGAUGUCCUUAAAUGCUCUUCUUUUUCCUCAUCAGUAUCAGAAGCAAUUGAUUGUCUUAUUUACCUACAAUCAAUAGCUUACCCGUCUUAUUAACUUAUAACAUAACUAUCACUUUAAAAAAAAAAUGUCCAUAUCAUAGUUUAGUGUUAAAUUUUGAUUUGGACUUUUUAUGUCUAUUUCUUUUUUUCUAAUAAUAUGAUUACAUUAUUGUUAAAGUAUUUACAAUAAGGAAGUUUUAAUUACUGUAGUUUUUAUUUUUAAAAGCGUAGAAACAUAUCUGUGCAUUUAUUUAGCACUUCAAGACCAAAUUUCUAAUCUUUACUGUUUGAAGCUCAAAGUCCUUUAUUUUAUUUUGUUGUGAUAUUUUGUGAUAUUAUUAUUGCUUUCAAAGUCUCCCUUAAUUAUCCCAUUAUUAAUUUUCUUUUUUUUUUUUUUAUAAAUUCCAUUAAAUCACUUUUUACAUUUCUUCAUGUACUAUUUUUUUUUGUACCUUAGCUAUGAAAGUCAAUGGGAUAUUUAUUUAAAGGUCACAUUUAUUAUCAUCGUUAAUAUGAAAACAAUGAAAUGAAAUUGCUGAAUUCAUUAGGAUAAAUUUUCAAUAUUGAAACAAAAUAACAAUUAAAAGUUAUCACCCUUAAUCAAACUAUCCUCUGAAUCAGUAAUUCUUAAUUGGCAUUAUUUUUUAUAAAAUUUUGGGCAUUUAGUGUACAACAUCUGACCUUUAUAUGUUUUUUCACAUAUAUAGAGGCUAUCUCUUUUUCUUUAUUGUGCAGUUUAUUACAUUGUGCAUUAUUUUAAUUCAUUCUUUACAAUGUAGCAUUUUUUAUGUUUAAGAGAAGUUAUAUAUAUUUUCUUAUCAAUAACUUUAACUCUAUGUACUUUGAUUAUGAUUUUCUAUAAAAAGUAAUAUGUCUUUAAACAAAUUAAUAAUUAUUACAAAGCUUAUAUCAACUCACUCUGUCUUUUUUUUGUCAAAAAGAUUUUAUACAUUUUAUCUUUGACACCCAAUGUGGGAUCAAACUGAAAUUUUGCACAAUUACUUCAAUUACCUGACAACAGAAGAAUCAAUUAAAAAAAUUAAUCAAUUAGCUAAUCAACUAUUGAUAAUAAAUUAUUUUGUUUGGAAUUUCAAAGAAGGGAAAGAAAUUAUAUUGAAGUGGUGGUAUAAGCUGAAUUAAUCCCCGUUAUAGGUCAUCACCUUAGGCUUAGUGAACAAAGGCAUGAAAUAGAAACAAUAGAAUCUUACAUGUUUAUAGUACCGGUAUCUUUGCUAGCAGAAUGGUUACUGCAUUGGCUUGAGAAGCCUGAGAAGGCUCAUAUGUUUGAAUUUAAUUCGUUACCUUCUUUAAAAUAAUAAAUACAUUUCAAAAGCAAUCCAAAUACCCCAUUCUUUCUCCCUCAACCCCUUACAACUGGUCCAGACAUUGUUUUAAUUAUUAUUUAUCAAAAAAGAUCUAGCAAAUAUUACAAUAUAAUUGUUUUAUCUUAAAACUUGGUAAUGGUAAUGCAAAGGUCUACAUGUUACAAAGACAGUAUCAUAGGUGAUAUAUUCGAUAUAGGUUUUUAUUGAACUCUUCAAAUAGAUGAAAGAAUACUAAUCAAAAUUAAAAAAAAACACUUAAAGUUUUAAAUUUUAUUAAACAAAAUGUAAAAAAUAUCAUGUAAUGAAAUUGUAUUAUAUUUUCUAAAUACAAGUGUCUGAUGCAAUGUCAUUAAGCCAGGCAUGUCAAACUCUUUAAGGUGUAUGGGCCGCAUAAAAACUUACUAUGACCUGAGGGGCGCAGCCAAAAAUCAGUUGCAAAACAGCCUACUAGUUUUGUGUAAAUUAGAAACAAUACAAUAGAAUACAAUAAUUAAUGUCAUACCGGUCCCUUAGUUAGCUAAAUUUUUUAGUACCAUUUGGUAAUUAAAAAUUAAUGAUUCCGCAUUAUUUUCUUUGUUCUGAUGCUUGACAUCUUUUAUGGGAUACAAGUUUAUUAAUGUCAUGUUGAAGUUUGUUUUCCACUGACACUUUCAUCACUGAUGACAAAUUUUGAUGACAUAAUCUCGAACGGUGAGGUAAUUUGUAGCUUUCAUUAUAGAAAAGAACUGUUCACAGAGAUAAGUGCUUGCAAACAGCAAGUAUUCUGGCUGCAAACUUCCGCAAUUCAACGUACCAUUCAGGGUAAAUAACUGUAAAACUUUGGCACAGCGACUUCUAUAUACUUCGAUUUCAACAAAGAAUCUGACUGCUAUUCUAUCAGCUCUAGUUGCACAUUUCCAGCAGCAUUUUCAGAAUCAAAUGAGAAUGGAGAUACAAACAACGAAAAUUCUUGCUCGUACGGAAAGAAGUCACGAAAACGGUCAUUGAAAGCAUCUACUAACGAUUCCAGGUUUAAGACAUAUUUACCAAAUGUUGUAGCCGUAUUUAAUCUUUUUAGUUCCUGACACGUUGAGAAGUGAACAAGAUUUCCUAUUCAUAUUUGGUUUAUCCACAGUCAUAAUUUUCUUUGUAAGCACUUCACAUGAUCACAGGCAGUUGUGACAAUUUUGUCAUUACUUUGAAGUUUCAAAUUCAAGUCUUGCAGGUGACCAGUGAUAUCAACUGCCAAUGCCAUAUCCCGAAACCAUUAGUCAGUUUGGAAAUGUUCCACAGGUUCACCUUUCAUGUUCAGAAACAAUACAAUUUCCUCACGUAGUGCAAAAAAUCUUCUGUGUAGUAGGAAACACAAUCAAAUUCGUGUCCAAUGGCAUCCAGAAACUUUGAAAAUUAGCGAUGAUUUAAACUACGGGCACGAAUAAAACUGAGAGUGACUGAAACCGGUCUUAUGAGAUGUUGGAGCUGUAAUUGCUGUGAGCAGAAUGUUUCUUGGUGAAUGAUGCACUGAAAAUGAGCAAAUUUAAACUUAGCAUCAGUCUGUCUUAUUUUUGCAAGUAGCUUUGCAUCAAAACCAUUUAUUUUAUGGUUGGUGGGCCAUCCGUUGUUAGACUAGCUAGUUUUACCAAAGAUAAAUUAAAUUGUGCUGCAAUAUCACCUCCUCUAAUUUCUCAAAACCAUCCUCGCUUGUUGUGGUGUUAUGCAUAGAACAGAGCUUAAGUAGCUCCUCAUGUAUCUCAAAAUUCCUGUCACAGACCCUUAUGAAUAUAGCCAACUGUGCUACACCCGUUACAUCAGUUGACUCGUGGAGAGCCAAGGACAAUAAUUCAAAAUCUUUAAAUGUUCACACAAUCUGACUUCUUCUUCUUCUUCAUCCUUCUCAUUGUUAUGUUGGAGUGUUUAUAUGACUAGACCAAUACAUGAGAUGAACUGCGCAGUGGUUUCCAAAUCAGGGAGCUCUCCAUAUAGUUUUCUUUCUAUUGCGGUGAUUUGGGGCCAAUGUCUUAUACGGGCCUCUUGGUAAAGAGAGCAGUUUUGGAGGACGUGGUCAGCAUUCUCUGGUGAUACUCCACAUGGGCAGAUUUCACUUGUUCCAAUUUUGAGCUUCCGGUACAUGUGUUGUCGCAUUCUGUUGUGUCCGGUUCUGAGUCGAAAGAUUAGACGUUGGUCUUGUCGGGAUAGCUUAUAGUAAGCGUCAUCUUUCUUGUGAUUUGGAUGAGAGCUCAUCCAUUUCUCAUUUAUUUUGUUUACAAUUAAUUUCUUCAUUUCUUCUGGAUAGAGUGCAGAGUUUAUUUGAGAGUUAGUUCUCCCACUCUUGGUGAGUGUGUCAGCCUUCUCAUUUCCUUCUAGUUGUAUAUGGGCUGGUAUCCAAUCUGACUGACAUGUCAUUUAUUCGAUCAGCCACAGUAUUGCUAGUUAACGCUAUUUCUGUGAAUGCUUUCACCUUUUCUGGACAAAUUACUUCAGCUUUAAUGACACACUCCUUCAUAAAAUCACAUUCACUAAAUGAUUUGCUAUGGCUUGCAAUUAAGUUUGACAAAAUGAAGUUUGCUUUCACUGCAGACUCACUCUCGUUGUUCAGUUUAACAAAUACUAUUUUUAAUUUAAGUAGAUUGUCAUCUCUUAUUUUCCAGCGUAACAGUUUAACAUUAUUUUGAUAAUUUUUAGGUGGCUAAGCGGGCCGCACGCAAGGUGGUUGCGGGCCACAUGCGGCCCCCAAACGCCGUGUUUGACAUACCUUCGUUAAGCCAAUGCUACGGAGAAUCCUUUAUAAUGGGUGUGAUGUAUUCUGUGUUUAAUAUUUGCAGUAAAUUGUUCUUUGUUUUUAGCUCAUCUUUUAGCUCUGAUCUGUCAUAGUCAUCAGGAUCACACUUGUCAUAGUGAUCGGCAGCUAACACAUGAUAAUCAUGAUUUGAUUCCAUUGAUAAUCUUUGUUCAGAAUGCUUGAAUACCAUAGGUCUUUUUUUAGCUUUUAGACUUUUUCUCCAUUUUCCUGAAAAUAAUUUGAGAUAUGGAAAAAUAUAACUAUUCUAUUAUUAAGCUUGUACAAUAAAACUGAUUUAGUUCAAAUUAAUUUUUGGUGUUUUUGAGUGUUAUUAUAGUGUUGUUGUUUUUUUAGAAUGAUGAAAUUAGAAAUUGAAAGUAUGCUUUUUUAGAUAAAAAGAUGGAAUACUUUAUUAAUGUACUUACUAGACUUAAAAGAAGAUAUGACUGCAUCAUAUGGAAACAUUACUGGGAACAUCAAGUAGAUGAAAGUGUUUUGAAAGUAUUUGUGACAUUCUUAUCAGAUGUUUUCUUUCAAAUUGUAUUUUCAAUGAUGCUAUAUUUAAUAGUGAACUAUUCAACGUUGCUGUAAAUAAAAGCUUAACUUAUUUUGCUUA